UCCUGCAAUAAAAUGUUGGCUGGCAAUGACCUGAACACUGAGCAAAACCUGAAAAAGUUCAAAUCUGACCUACAGUUUUACAGCUCAACUCAUGACAAUAAAGGUGUUUGUUGUCACCUGAAAGGGGGAGGAGCCUAAGGUGUUGGUGGUUUCAAACAGACCUGGAGCUCAGGGUCUGAAGAGAGCAGCGCUGGCCGGCAUCCAGACCAGGGUAGGUUAGGAUUCAUCCUAAUUAAUGUGAAGUUUUACUCAUCUCUGUUUUUGUCUUCCAACAGGUUGUGGAUCACAAGCUGUAUGGCAGCAGAGCUGAGUUUGAUGCCACCAUUGACCUUCUCCUUAAAGAGUUUGGAGUGGAACUGGUCUGCCUUGCUGGUUUCAUGAGGAUCCUGACUGGGAUCUUUGUGAAAAAAUGGCAUGGGAGGCUCCUCAACAUUCAUCCCUCCCUGCUGCCUUCAUUCAAAGGGGUCAAUGCCCAGCAACAGGCUCUCCAGGCCAGAGUGCUGAUAACUGGGUGCACCGUCCACUUUGUAGCUGAAGAGGUUGAUGCAGGCGCCGUCGUGGUCCAGGAAGCCGUUCCGGUGUUGGUUGGAGACACAGAGGAAAGUCUGUCAGCCAGAAUCAGGGAGGCUGAGCACAAAGCGUUCCCUAAAGCUCUGGAGCUGGUGGCCAGUGGAGCGGUGCAACUGGGACCAGAUGGAAACAUAGUCUGGAAGCAAGAGCGUUGAAAUGUCUCUACUAAUGCAUGUCUGACUAAUGAUCAGAAACCAUAGUUUACAAUAAAGUACAUCACUGUCAAUUGUA